AGUUGAUGGCGGUAAUGCACCAAACAGCCACUGUCGACAGCCAAUACAAUUCAAGAAGAAAAACGAAAUUGUGGCAGAUCUCAGGUCAGCCGUUAAGCCACAAUUAUCCCUGUGUGCACGUCAUCAGUUCAUGUACGCGUGUGUGCGGUGCGUUUAAAGCAAAAGGUGGGGAUGGAAAACAAUUUUCACGUGGUUAUUUUCUGUGCAUUGAUCUCUUUGCACCUAAUGCUGGUCCAAGGAGCCAGACAGGGUCAAGACAUCAAAUGUGGAGCAUGCAGGGCAUUAGUUGAUGAAAUGGAAUGGGCCAUAUCGCAAAUAGAUCCUAAGAAAAUGAUCCAGACUGGAUCAUUUAGGAUUAAUCCUGAUGGCAGUCAGUCAGUAAGAGAGGUUCCCUUUUCUCGCUCUGAGGGUCACCUGCUUGAACUGAUGGAAGAGGUUUGUGAGAAGAUGAAUGAUUACGGCGAACAUGUUGACCCUGCCACCAAUCGAAAGACAUACGUGAGACACACGUCCCGUGACGGCACCGCCAUGGACCUUUCUGAUGUGGCCUUUGACUCCAGAGUCAGCUCCAGUUUAAAGUUUGCUUGUGAAACGAUUGUUGAGCAGCAUGAGGAUGAACUUAUUGAAUUCUUUUCUCAUGAGACAGACAAUGUCAAAGACAAGCUCUGCAGUAAGAGGACAGAUCUUUGUGACCAUGCCCUGAAGAUACCACAUGACGAGUUAUGAACCGAGCAGCUUUACCAAUGUGUUCACCUGUUAAACUUCAGUAAACAGACUGAUUCUCUUACUUGUUGAGGACGCUGAACAUGCAGAGAUCUACAUUAUGUAAUGUACUUGACCCUAUGGGUUAACUGUUGACCUGUUCAACUGUAUUAAUGGCGUUACCAUCAAAACUGUCCAUUGUCAUUAAUUAAAGCUGACUUUCUACAGCUAAAAUGAGAUCUCUUUAUGAGUCUCUCCAAUGGCAUACUUUUAUAUUUAACACUAUUUGGGAGCACUUAGAUUUUAGUUUAGAAGAUAAUUUGCAGUAUAUUGAUUAUAAGCACAGCGAUGUGGUGUUUUUUUUUUUCUCCAUGUCACAAAUCUGAUUAGAUUACUAGUCCUCAAGUCUUAAACUAUUAGGCUGCCACCACUUUGUAUGGAGAUGUAUGCAGUUUACCAACUUUUGUGUUUUCAUUUGUUUUUCAAAUAUAAUUUAAUUUGAUUGUUGCUUCUGUAUUUAUCAACAUUCUUUAUGUUGUUUGAAUACAGCAUUCAUUCUGUUAUAUGGAUAUCACCAUGUUAUAUUGUUGUUGUUGUAUUAAUAAGCAAAAUCUUACUCCCAAUUUAUUGUUACAGUAUGGAGCCAUGGUGUUUUAAUAUACAGCAGCACAAUGAGGUCUUAAUUGUCAAAGGGAUCAAAUCUCGUAUUUUCCUAACGUUUUGAGAGUUUUAAUCAUGUAUAGUAAAAACUUGAGCUGAAUUUUCUAGCAUCAAGAUGUACAACGCAGAACGAGAAAGAAACAUAAAACUGUACUUGCUACUAAAUGUGGUCCUACCUCAGGAGGGAGAAAAAUUAAAAUGUCUUUUACAAUAUCUUUUAAAGUCAUUUAUUGGUGAGUAUAUCAAUAAAUAAAAUCAUUUCUGCAUUGAGA